AUGUGGAAUACAGCGGAUAUAAGUUUGCUCCGCAGUGGACCUAGUCAGGCAGUUUAUCGUUGGAUUUUUCAAUUAAGUUUCUUAAUAAUCUAUUGGAUUUCCAAGUGCUGUCAUUUUUUCAAACUGCGCUACAAUCCGCAAACUCAUCGCGUGGAAGAAACUCAAUAUCAUAAAAUAAUCUCGAAGCUAAUUGUGACUGCCAAAUGUUGCUUAUUCCUGCGACACAUCUUCGAUUAUAUCGUCUUCUUCUUUGUGAUCUGGAUACAUGUAUUUAUUGUACAGAACUCGGACGGACAGGAUUUUAUAAUCAGCUUGGCAAUGGAAGCCAUUGCCUUCAAUGUACUUCGUCGCAUUUUAAUGUUUCUACAUUGUCAAGAUGAUCGAGGAAUUUUAAAGCGAUUACUCAACGAAAUUAUCUACAUUACACGGACUAUACAGAAAAAGUUUGGCUUGAUAUAUCACUGUGAAAUAAGUCUAUUGGGAGUUUACCUAUGCAAAGUAUACAUGACUUAUGUUCUUCUUGAAUCAUUGUGGUAUAAACCCUACUUUUUGUGGCCCAACUUUCUGUAUUGGGUGCUGCUUGAGUAUUGUGAAUUUGGUUAUUUUAUUUAUCAAUUAAUCUUGAUCAACUGGUAUCGCAACUUUGGCUUCUUUCUACAAUCGUUCAUUGAACAUCAUGAGCAUGAACAUAUUAUAUCACGUUAUUACCAUCAACGUCUCUUGUGGCUCUUUAAACUCCAUUUGAGGAUUUGUAAGCUACACAAAAGUGUCAAUAAGGAAAUCGCUUGGUUGCCAUCUGCAAUUUAUCUGGGAAUAUUCACUUGCAUAUUCAACAUGGAACUGUUGCUGGAAUGCAUUGUCUAUGCUGACAAUGAUAUCGAAGAUAAAGUCUACAUCAUCGCUGAUGGUUGUCUGGGACCUAUGCUUGUGCCACUUUUGAAUGUGUUAAUUCUUGGCUUAUGCACAGAUCGCUUACGCAACGAAGAGUUGACACUCCAGCAACAAAUUGUUAUCGUGAAUAUUAUAUAUUUUCGUAAAGCAAAUCAUCAUGAUUAUACACUUAAAGGGCUGCACAAUGAGUACUGUACUUCAUUGAUUGUGCACCAGAAAGUGGAUCCACUUCAGAAUAUCAUCAUAUUCCAAAUCAACUGUGAUCGAGAGUUUUCAUUCGACUAUCUAUUGACUGUGUUGAUAACCGCAUUGUCUUUCAUUCAAUACACAGUUGGAUCGAAUAGAAGUCUUAAGGAGUGCGUCUCACACAAGUAG